UGUACGCAAUGAAGAAAAUUUGUGUAAAAAUUUUAAUAAUAUUUGUGACAUCAGGGCUGGUUGAGACGAGCCCUGUAAGUCAAGAAGAUUCUCCUGAAAAAAUCGAUGUUACCCAAUCUAUAAAAAACGCGAGUGAAAUCAAUAACAACUAUAUCAUUAAAACACAUUGCUCCGAAGAUGACUCCACAUCCGAAUCCUGUGAAGAACAGAACAUUAAAGAACAAAACCCUUUGGACGAGAAACCCGAAUUUACUUUAAGGUACCAGCAACCAUCUAUCCUCACAUCAGUGCCAGGAUAUCAAGGAUAUCCUAACGUAGAAGCUAUGGGGAUAGGCAUAGGAAACUACAGAGGUGUUCUAUACCCCCAUGUACACCCGAAGCUACUUGCAGCAUACGGUUCCGGAUAUGCUGUCAACUCUUUACCACCAGUUCUGUCCACGUAUAUCCAUGGAUUGUUUCCUCAAGAAGAGUAUCAAAGGACGGGCUAUGAUUUAGAUGCGUUGAACCCUCAGAAUACAGGAACGCUGCCUACUCUCGUAAGACCGUCGAGAAUGCUUCGCGCGACUGAUGAAGAACUUAUGGCUCAACUACAGCAUGACGCGAUUAUGAACAAUAUUCUACCAACUAUGGCUGUCCCGUUCGCGAGAUAUGCAGCUCCAGCUUAUUCCUCUCACAGAGCGAUUUUAGCUAAACCAGCUUCACCUACUGGAAUUAGCGCAAUAUUCCCAAAUGCUGCAGCGGGCGGAUGUGCCCAGCCAAUACUAUUCAGUUGUACGCCAAGAAUUAUCCGCGGAACGUUGAAACCCGUCGCUCCAGUUGAAAACGAAGCUCCUGCUGCAUAUAGAAAGGAAGCUGAUUCCAGUGUUAGUACAAAGAACGAAGCUACUACAAAAGUUCCGCCAACGGUAAAGUUUGGUUGACAAAACUGUAACGAUAAGUGCUAAAGUAGGGAACAAAAAAAAUAGUUUAAUUUGUUUUUUAUGUAGGUAAGGUAAGGGCCAUAUUUCACUUCGACACCGCGGUGACGCCACCAACAAAAUGCAGUUUUUCUUGGUCCGCAACCAGGAAGGCGGUAACGUCUACAACUGCAUAUAUUUUGUUGGUGGCCGACCGUGGUUGCGCCACCAUGGUGUACUAAUGAGAUAGGGCCCUAAGCACGCGCCAUAUUUGAUCGCAACGUCAUUUUCCAUCAUGUGGCAUGAUGGUCAAACUCGAACCUAAUUAUAUAGGAAUAUCAGAUAUGUUACCGUUCCCCAGUAAAUUGUAACUUUUCAGUGAAAUAAAUAUAAGUUU